AUGCGGGGCCCGCGGGCGGCCCUGGCGCUGCUGCUGGCGGCGGCGCUCGCCCCGCGGCCGGCACGGCCGCACCCGCAGUGCCUGGACUUCAAGCCGCCGUUCCGGCCGCCGCGGGGCCUCGCCUUCUGCCGCCGCUACGGGGAGUUCGGCUGCUGCGACCCGAGCCGCGACAGCGCCCUGCUGCAGCGCUUCUACAGCCUCAGCGCCAGCUUCGACGAGCGCACCUACGCCGCCUGCGCCGGGCACCUGCAAGAGCUGCUGUGCCAGGAGUGCUCCCCAUAUGCAGCUCACUUGUACGACGCUGAGGACCCCUCCACGCCCGUGCGGACGAUCCCAGGGCUGUGCCAGGACUACUGCACGCAGCUGUGGCACAGCUGCCGCUCCAUCUUCCGCGCCCUCUCCGCAGACCCGGAGCUGACCGCGCUGGAGAACAACGCGGCAAAGUUUUGCCGCUACCUGUCCCUGGAGGACACCGACUACUGCUUCCCCCACCUGCUGGCCAACCAGCACCUGAACCAGAACCUGGGGUUGGUGACGGCCGACGCCGAGGGCUGCCUGCAGCUCUGCCUCGUGGAGGUGGCCAACGGGCUGCGCAACCCCGUGGCCAUGGUGCACGCCAACGACGGCACCCACCGCUUCUUCAUCGCCGAGCAGGUGGGCCUCGUGUGGGCCUACCUGCCCGAUGGAUCCAGGCUGGAAAAGCCAUUCCUGAACAUCAGCGAGGCUGUGCUCACCUCGCCCUGGGAAGGUGAUGAGAGAGGCUUUCUGUGCAUUGUCUUCCAUCCUAAAUUCAAAUUUAACGGUAAAGUGUACGUCUACUACUCAGUUGAAGUUAACUUUGAAGAGAGAAUCCGAAUCAGUGAGUUCAGAAUUUCUCCCACUGACAUGAAUGCCUUGGACCAUGGUUCUGAAAGGAUAAUCCUUGAAAUAGAAGAACCUGCUUCCAACCAUAACGGAGGAGAACUGCUCUUUGGAGAUGAUGAGUAUCUCUACAUCUUCACUGGAGAUGGAGGCAUGGCAGGGGAUCCUUUUGGCACCUUUGGAAAUGCCCAGAACAAAUCAGCCCUGCUGGGCAAAGUGCUGCGGAUCGAUGUGAACAACAAUGACCGCGGGCCCCUGUACCGAAUUCCCCCCGACAACCCCUUCGUCAGCGACCCCGCGGCGCGCCCCGAGGUCUUUGCCUAUGGAGUGAGGAACAUGUGGCGCUGCUCCUUCGACAGGGGGGACCCUCACACCAAGGAAGGGAAGGGCAGGCUCUUCUGUGGAGAUGUGGGGCAGAAUAAAUACGAAGAAGUCGACAUCGUGGAGAAGGGGAAAAAUUACGGCUGGAGGGCGAGGGAAGGGUUCAGUUGUUAUGAUAAGAAACUUUGCACCAAUUCUUCCUUGGAUGAUGUGCUUCCAAUUUAUGCAUAUCCACACAAAAUGGGGAAAUCUGUUACAGGAGGCUACGUCUACCGAGGCUGUGAGUCUCCAAACCUGAAUGGCCUGUACAUAUUUGGUGAUUUUAUGAGUGGACGCCUGAUGUCUUUGAAGGAGGAUCGUGCCACUGGAGAGUGGCAGUACAGUGAAAUCUGCAUGGGGACAGGACAAACGUGCAUGUUCCCUGGGCUUAUCAAUAACUACUACCAAUACAUCAUCUCCUUUGCUGAAGAUGAAGCAGGGGAAUUGUACUUCCUAUCUACUGGUGUACCAAGUGCCACAGCUCCCAAUGGAGUGGUGUACAAAGUGGUGGACACCUCCAGGACAGCACCACCAGGAAAGUGCCAAGUUGAUCCGUCGCCAGUGAAAGUCAAAAGCAAGCGCAUCCCGUUUGUGCCAAAGGAGAAGUUUAUUAUGAAAACACCACCACCACGUCCCCGCCUGCAGCCCACGACCGAGGCUCCGUGGGGAGGCGUCCCCGGGCCGGGCAGAGCCCCCCGGCCGGGGAAGGGCCCGGAGGAGGAGAAGGGGCAGCGCAGGCAGAAGAAGAAGAAGCAGAAGCAGGGCCCCGGCAAUGGCGCGGUGCGGCUGAUGCGGCAGGGCCGGCGCGGGCGCGGCCGGGGCCGGCUCGAGGUGUUCAUCGACGGCGAGUGGGGCACGGUGUGCGACGAUGGCUGGGGCCUGCCCGCCGCCGCCGUGGUGUGCCGCCAGCUCGGCUUCCCCCGCGCCGUGCGAGCCGCCAAGAAGGCGGAGUUCGGGGAAGGCAGCUCGCUCCGCAUCCUCCUGGAUGAUGUGCAGUGCUCCGGGCAGGAGAGGACGCUGCUGGAGUGCUCCCACGCCGGGGUGGGCACGCACAACUGCAAGCACGAGGAGGAUGCUGGCGUGGUGUGCAGCCGGGAGGAGGUGACAGACCGGUGACAACAGCCAGCUGGGGGACUUGGAGACGUCACUCUCUUGCCCAACUCUCUAAACCAGCUGCAGUAUUGAGGAGGGUGUGCCCUGCCAUGGGGAUGCUGCAUCUGUUCAAAUAAUCUUAUGUUUUCUUAAUGUUCGUCCCCAAGCAUUUGCC